ACGGGGGCUCUAGGGAGCUGAGAAUAGGAUCCGGCAGAGGUAGGAGACGAAGGUGUGGAAAUCCCCAAGUGACAGCCUGACAACCACCCUGGAAGUGGAGGGUCCCUCGGGGGGCGCUGCCCAGAGUGACCCCUUGGCCAUCAUGUCAAAAGAAGAGGAACAGCAAACAGCAGAUCCUGUCCCACUGGAGGAGGAGCAGCCCCAGGAUGAGAGCCUAGUGAGCCGAGUGGUCAAUCUGCCUUUGGUCAGCACAACCUAUGCCAAGGCAUCAGCCAUGUACAGCUCUACCAAGGAGAAUCACCCUUAUCUGAACUCUCUGUGUAGAGUGGCUGAGCGUAGCCUUCAAGGCCUAACCACCAGAGCCUUCCAAGGGGCCCAGCCUUUCCUCACCCUUCUGGAGCCACAGAUCGCUUCAGUGAACAGAUACGCCUGCAGGGGCCUGGACAAGCUGGAGGAGAAGUUGCCCUUCCUCCGGCAGCACUCGCAGGAGGUGGUGACAUCAGCCAAGGACGCAGUGACCAGCAGUGUCAACGGAGUGGUGGGCUUGGCCCAUAGGAGUCGUCGAUGGAGUGUGGAUCUGACCCGCUCAGUGGUAACCAGUGGUGUAGACACAGUAAUGGGCACCCGCAUGGGGCAGAUGGUGACCAACGGUGUGGAUGUCGUGCUGGACAAGUCUGAAGAACUAAUUGACCACUUUCUACCCAUGACUGAUGAGGAACAUGAUGAGCUGGCCACAGCAGCGGCCGCUGAAGGCGGUGCCCUGGCCCCAGGGGCAGACCAGAGCCAGCCCGGCUACUUUGUGCGGCUGGGAUCGCUGUCAUCUCGACUCCGCCAGAGGGUAUACCAGCACUCGCUGGGCAAACUCCGCCAGAGCAAGCAUCAGGCUCAGGAAUCUCUCACCCAGCUACAGAACACUCUGGAGAUGAUCCACUAUAUGAAGCACGGCCCCGAUCCCACCUUCCAGGGUGGCCAGGGAAGGCUGCAGGAGCUGUGGCAAGACUGGAGUCACCAGGAUAAGGAAUGCCACCGGAGCCAGGUGGAAUCCCAGACCCUGGACCUGUCCCGAGACCUGACUCAGGAGCUACAGGCCACCUGUGGGACCCUGGCAGCCAGCGUGCAGGGACUGCCCCCAGCCAUCCAGGCCAAGGUGCUGGAAGUUCAGCAGAGCGUGGAGGAGUUGCACCAGGCCUUCUCCGCCGCCCGCUCCUUCCACGAUCUGCCGCCGGCCAUUCUGGCAAAGGGCCGGGGCCACAUGGCACAGGCCCACACCACCGUGGACGAGCUCCUGGAUUUCGUCCUACAGAGCAUCCCCCUGCCCUGGCUGGUGGGGCCCUUCUCCCCCUUAAUAGUGGAGCGGCCCUGCACCCCGCAGGACCUGAUGGACCAGGUCGAUGAGGUGGUGGUGGGCCGUAGGCCUAGCUUGCUGGAGGACCGCUGGGCCGAUAUGGAUUGGGUGGCCCAGCAGGAAGCGUGGCGAGCUGCUCAUGAGGUGGGCCCGCAGGUCCCCCUGGUGGAGGUGGAAGAACCACCCACGCCCCCAAGCCAGGAGGUCAAGAAGCCCACGAUCAUGCCCGAGCUAGACUUCUAAGCAGUCUUCCCUUCUUGACCAAUGAACAAUGAUCAGCUGCGGGGUUUAAAAAGGGCUAAAAGGUCAGGCGUCCCCCUUUCCUCUGCCCUGCCUGACCUCUAAGGGCCUCCCCCAAGGGGCAGAGGUCCAGAAGCCCUGUUUUUGCCAACCAGACCCUGAUUGCUUGGGCCUCUCUUUGAGCCUUUGGGGAAGGAGGGAAGUACUUGGGAGAGUGCAAGUGAAGAGAACCAGUCUGGGCUUGAGGCUGGAUAGAGGGACGCUCAGAUGUUGACCAUAGAGAUCUCAGACUCAUCUGCAGAGGGGUGAAGAUGGAAGGCCAAGGAGGGAAUGAAGUUACCUGAGGAGGGGUAAGCCAAGUGAGGAAGGCUGAGGCCAGAAGCUGGGGGAAAAGAAAGGAAGAAGCUGUCACACCUAAUGAAAUGUCUCUUCUUCCUCAGGAGGGAUGGUGGUUCAGGUGCCUUUUCAAAGGUGGGAAAAGCCAGUCUUUGCAGUUAUUGGUCAGUAAUUUGAAGUUCAAUCUAGACUGUGGGAUAAGUCAGAGGGAGGGAAGAAGAAGGAAGGGAGGGAGGAAAGAAGAGAAGAGCCUAGAUUUAGAGCUGGAAAAGAAGGGAUGGAGAGAGGGAAGGACAUAGUUCCUGAGCCCCCAAAGCUGCUGAUUUGGGGUAGGGAGUGUAGGGAGAUAAUUUCUUGACUCCAAUCAGUAGGUAGUGAUAUAGAGUCCCUGCCACCUUCCGCAGGGCCCAUCAGCUUUGGGAAUAAUCUAACUUCUACUGCCCAAGACUUCAGGAGUAUAGACUAAAUUCACUUAAUAGUACUCUUUCCUUCAUAUCAACGUUGAUCUUUCCUAUCUUCUAACCUUCAUCCAAGCUUGACACACUAACAGGCUAACCCAGGCCAAGAUGGAGGCAAGGGGCAAUGAGGAUUGGGAGGGUGUGCAAUAAACUGUGUGCCGUUGGCUUUUUGGGGCUACCUCUAAAUAAAGUUGGCUUUUUGUUGGUUAAA